CAGGCCGACUGCUGAUUCACUCUCACACGUUGGCAGCUCAGUGAAGAGAUUUUGUUGCCCGUGCACCUGUUCUCAUCUGAUACAGCCUGAGAAUAAGAGUGACACCAAAGUAAAAAUGGAACUGUAUUUAAAAAUCACGGUGUGCCUCCUCCUGAUCGUCCAGACCUUUCACCUGGCGUUGCUCCAAGAUUCAACCGACUCUCCGGGUCGUACGAUUAAUCAAGGAUGGCUCCGUGAACUCCUAAAGGGACAUAAAGACGGAAAUAAAAAGGCUCCGGUCGCUAAGGAGGAGCCGGGGUUUGAAUCGGAACCAUAUGCAGAUGCUAUGGAUUCAAACAAUGAUGCCGGUGCUGGAGUUCCAUCGGGCUCCAUGACUCUGUUUGGAGAUGAAAACAUGUCCAGUCGUGAAAUGAGUGAAAAUAAAACAUCUGGUGUUCUGCUGGUGUCUCUCAAAUUUUCAAAUCGUACAAUCAAGAAGCAUAAAAUGUCAAACACCACAGUUGCUCCAACUACUGCAACAACAAUUCCCACAAACUCAAGCCAGAGAAACAUGACAGGAGCUGAGGAGGAAUCUCACAACUCAACGAUGACCAAUCAAACCUCCACCGCUGAUUCCAUUCCUCACAACUCAACGAUGACCAAUCAAACCUCCACCGCUGAUUCCAUUCCUCACAACUCAACGAUGACCAAUCAAACCUCCACCCCUCAUGCCAUUCCUCCUCACUCCACCACCUUCUCCAAUCGCACUCAUUUACACCCGACAACCUUGGCGCCAAAGAUCAACGCUACGCAACAACCACCGGAGAAGAAUAAGGGGUUAAACAACGGCACAACAACUGCAGCAACCACAACGACACCGGGGUUAAAUGAGACGUCCAUCACGUCUUCAUCCACAGCAGCGUUCCCCUCUGACACCACAGGAACCGGCCCUGUGCCCACGACCCCUCUCGCUCCGAUCACACCUGAGAAGGCCAACAAGACGGACAAAGACGGAGCCUCGGGGAGCAGCGCAGACAGAGGUUUGACAUCAGAUCAACACAAGCACCGCAGGAACGGAGUAUGGGCGGCUGUGCUGGGAACCGGAGUGGCCAUAGCCAUCGUGGGACUGGUGGUCUACGUCAUCCUGAAAAAGAAACACCAGAUGGGGUUUUCUCACAGGAAACUGGUGGAGGUGUAUCCCUCGGACCCAGUCCUCAGAUUGGACAACAGCGAACCUCUGGACUUGAACUUCGGAGGCAGGGUCUAUGACAACCCAGGACUCCAGGGGGACAACUUCCAGAUGUCCAACUUUCCAGGACGUCACUGAAACUAAAAAACACGGUUUUCUUCCUGACACCUGAUAGAAAAACUGAUCAUGUGGAGUUUUGUAAAUGAGACGGUCUGAGUUUUUAUUUUGUGUAAAUCUUAUGUCAGAUUGUGUGUCAUGCUGAGUAGAUUUAUCCAACUGAAAUAGAGGAAUCACUGAAGGCAAUUUAUCUGAAGUGCGCUGCCAAAGCCAAUAUGAACAGCCAAUUACGUGUGUUGCCAAAGGGAAUAAAAUGAAGAAUAUGAUUUGCAGUCGAUGCAGGGUGUUAAAAAUGAAUAUUUACUGUACAUUUUUGGUUUUAAUUUUUAAUUUAGUUUGCGUGGCUGAGAUAAAAUCGGUUAAAAACAAGACAUCUGAUAAAGAGAAGAAACUAGAAUACAACUCCUGCUGAUGCGAAAACCAUUUGUGGAAAAAAUAAAAAAUAAAGGAAUACGCUGUCUGCAGAAUAAAUAGCAGAUUACACAGGUGGCACAUUGAGGCCUGUGCAGCAAAAAUUCAGAAGCCAUCGCGAACAAUGACAUUAACCAUAUCAACCGUCACCUGCUGUUACGGCACAAGGGAAGGAAAUAAAAAAAGUUAUAUUUAAACUGCGCUUUCAGAUUUUUCCACCGUCGACAGUCACAGCCGGAGCCCGAGAAUUGAACCGUCAAAUCGAAAGACCCGAGUUUGUUUUUCUACAAAGUGACGGUGGAGGUGGAGGGAGAGCCGGCUGCUGUUUUCUUAUUCAUAGACUGAGGUUUUUUUGGUAUUCAUGAAGGGGGGAUUGUGUAUUUGGUUUUAGCUGUGCUCAGUAGCAACAUCUGUAUCCUCAUAAUAUACUCCUUAAAUCUUCUGACCUCCAGGUGUCCAAACAGAGAUUCAAGUCUGUGGCGGCGACGGUUUGAAACCUCGGAGAGUUACGUCCUGUAGCGUUUACCUGCAGCAGACACAGAUCAAAGCUAGAACGCGUCUGAUUAUUAUAUUUCUUUAAAAAAACUUUAUAUAUUUUCUUAUUGUUAUUCUUGUCACAUGUUUGCUUUGACUUUGAGUGACAACCUCGAGUUAAAAAUGUGUUUCUCUUAUACAACAUGGCUGGGCAAGGAACCUGCAAUUUAACUUCCUACUUUCACUAAUGCCUUUGUGAAAUAAAAUCAAACAAUAAUUCAGAA